AUGCAUCGCCUACAGGCACUUAAGGUCUUCUGCUUCUCCUGUGCAAAGGGCGAAAAGUAUCGGCUUGACCAAUGUGUUGCUGAAAACCCCAAAUACUAUUCAGCAAACCUUGGUGCUGAAAUAUUAGGCGAACGGCUGACGCGAUUAGAUUUUGAGAUUGACUUUAAAACACCUGCUACUUGUCGCGUGCUUUGUCGCAGAUUGUACGAUCCCAAAGAUGCGAAAUCAAUGAUAAAUUACAAUGAACUAAUUAGUGGAAUUAAGCAAGCGUAUAACCGCUAUUGGGUUUCCGAUAACAUACCGGUUAUUAUCUGCUACGAGACCGUAAGUGGCGAAGUUUGCGAAAGAAAUUUUCCUCUUGGUUGUUUCAAAACGGAUGCGUACAAGCCACCGGUGCAGUGCAGAGUUCAGCUCCCAGAGGUUCCCCAGAAUUCCAUCCACAUAUUCAACCACUUUUCUUUUAACAUAAACUACACUGAAGCGAGUCCUGGAAAGUACCAUCUAAUCUCCGUUAAAGUUACCCCCAGGAGUAUUGUGCAUAAUGAAAAUGAAGUGGAUUGCUCUACAGUGGAGCCGCUGCGCCUUUUUGAGAAUCCUAAUAUUCCUGUCACAGUCAUCUACACAUACAGCGUUCAGUUUUCGGAGGUGCAAGGAGCAGCACGGAGCUCACGCUGGAACUACCUCAUUUCAAAAGUCUCCAAUUCCAGUAUCCAGUGGAUGUCUAUCGUCAACUCCGUCCUCGUCGUCGUCUUCCUGACAGCUCUUGUGGCCAUCGUGCUUGCUCGCACCCUCCGUCGCGAUAUAAUGCAAUACAACAAGCUCGAAAACUCGUCAAACGAGAUGUAUGAAGACUACGGAUGGAAGUUAAUCCACGGAGACGUCUUCAGGGCACCGCCCCACCCGAUGCUGUUCUCGGUUCUUAUUGGUUCGGGAAUUCAGUUGGCCUUGGUGUCGGUCAUCACGCUUUUCUUCGCCUGCUUCGGCAUCCUCUCACCCGCACACCGCGGCGCCUUUGCCACGUGCGCUCUGGCCGUCUUUGUGUGUCUUGGGGCCCCUGCUGGCUACACGUCGGCACGAUUUUACAAAUUCUUCGGUGGAAUUUACUGGAAAACGAAUAUCCUCCUAACGGGUCUUUUCUGUCCGGGUUUCGUGAUGGUCACCUUCCUCGUCCUGAACAUUGUCCUCGCUGCCCUCAAGAGCUCCGCGGCAGCCUCCUUCUCCACGAUCCUCUCCCUCCUCGCAAUGUGGCUGCUCGUCUCCCUCCCGCUUUGUUGCAUCGGCUCAUUUUUCGGCUUCAGGCGAGAGGUCAUCACGGUGCCAACACGAACCAAUCAGAUUCCCCGACAGGUGCCCCCUCAGUCCUACUGCAUCGGGACCUUCAUCCCGGUUUUCCUGACUGGCCUCCUCUCAUUUGGGUGUAUUUCCAUCCAGUUGUUCUUCAUCUUCAACAGCAUCUGGGGCCAGCAACUCUUCUUCAUGUUCGGAUUUCUCUUCCUCGUCUUUGUCUUCUUCCUGGUUUGUGUCGUCGAGACCACCAUUCUCAUGUGCUACCUUCAACUGCGCGCUGGGGACUACAGAUGGUGGUGGCGUAGUUUCGUGUCGAGCGGUUCAACCACUGUCUUCGUGCUCGCCUAUGCAAUUCACUACUACAUCUACAAGACGGAAUACAGGGGCUUCACCUCGGGCUUCCUCUACAUCGGCUUCUCUACUCUGGCUGCCAGUCUGCUUUUCAUUAUGCUCGGUAAGUGCACACGUGGCCCGGGUGGCUGCCGUUGA